AUGAGUGACAAGCCAGAGAGAGUCUUUUCAGGUUCUCGUCGUCGUGUUCCAUGGGAUCGUACAAAGACUAGUGUACGACUGCUUGAAGCAUCAGAAUGCGCAAAGGACUGGGCCGCGCAAGGAAUUCUAGAUACUCUUCUAGCGCGACCGUUGACGCGUCUCAACGCGCCUGGCAACACCAUGGCGCGUAAAGGCUCUGGUACAGAUGGCCCUCUACAGACAGCCCUCCUGGAAUCCACGUUUGCAGCCACGACAAGAGCUUCUGAAGGACAGAAGAUCUUCAGCCCUAUAGCUGCAUUCCUCGACAAACACCGCAGCCAAACCGCCGGCCUUGCCCCUCACCUACUGAGAGCCCUCACCACUCUAAGCGAUGACCUCGCCUCAUAG